AAUUAAAUAAAGAAGAUUUUUUUCAAAUUUGUAUAGAAGAAUGGGCAAAGAAAAAGGCAUCAUGUGAGGAUAUAUUGAAUAAAGAAAAGGUAUUGAAUGUAAAAGAAGGAACUGGUCAAGACAUGUUAGAGAGACAAAAGUUACUAUGGAAGAAAUUGUCAGAGAGAAAUGUAAAGAUGUUGGAGAAAUGGAAAAAAGAAGAAUGGUUUAAUAAAUUGAAGAAGGAAUGGAAAAAUUAUGAAGAAACAUAUUCAGAAAAAAAAGUGGAAGUAUUAGAAGACAGAGUAAAAAAUCCUAUGUUAGAGAAACAAAAAAAAAUAUGGAGAGAGUGGUUAAAGCAUCAUUUAGGGGUUACAGAACAAUGGAAUGAAGAGAGCUGGUUUAUAGGAGUGUUGAACGAUUAUGAGAAAGAGAAUAAAGAAUUACAAUCAAAAGAAAUAAAAAAUUCAUCGGAGAAAAUUGAAAAAGAAGAAAGAACAAUAGAUAGCGUAAAAAAAAAAUUGGAUGAAACAAAAAAGAAAAAGUUGAUAUGCAGAUUAUGCAUAGAGAUAUAUAUGGCAAUAUUAGAAGAGUGCAAGAAGGAAGAAUUGGAAUUGAUGAGAAAUGAGUAUCUUAAGUUAUAUAUUGAAGAAAAAAAAAAAAAAGAGGAAAUGUAUGAAAAAGAAAUAGGGAAAAAAGAAAGGAUUGAUGUAGAUAAAAAAAAGAAAUGGAACAUUAUGAUAGAGAUGGAAGAAAAAGAGAAAACUGGAAUAAUUGAAGUUGAUAAAAUGAAAAAAUGGAAUAUUCUAAUAGAAAUGAAAAAAAGAAAAUGGGAUAUUUGGAAAAAAGAAGAUUGGUUUCUGGAGUGGAAGGAGAACUGGAAAAAGGAAGAAAUGAAAUAUAUGAACGAAAUUAGAGGAUUAGAAAUAAGUAGAAGCACGAAAGGAGGAACUGGAAUCCAAGAAUUAGAACAGAAUAUCCUAUGGAACAGACAAUGGAUAGAAAAGCAAAGAAAUAUUCUAAAAAAAAAAAACAAACAAAAUAGUCCUAAAGGAUCUAUGUCACAGAGGCAUAAAAAGAGAGAGGAUGUAGAAGAUAUUUCAAGUAAUCUAGAUAUUUGA